AUGCCCUCCGGACUCCUCUACACCGCUACCAUCUCCGUCUUCGCCGCCACCCGGCUCGCCUCGCGCCCGCUACUGGCCGGCCCGGCGCUACGGCAGAGCCGUGGCUGCAGGCUGAUGGCAUCCGUCAGCGGCGUCGCGGACGUGCCCGCCGUGCGCCUCUUCACCAAGGAGGGCUGCACCCUCUGCGAUAAGGUCCGCGAUGUGCUGCGCGGCGUGACGGAUCGAGCACCCCACUCGCUCGAGGCGGUCGACAUCACCGACGAGGAUCACGCGCAGUGGCUCGCAAAGUACAAGUACGACAUCCCCGUGCUCCACCUCGACGGAGCCUACUGGACGAAGCACCGCCUCACCGAGGAGGAGGCGUGCCGCCGAUUUCUGAUGUGGCGGCGUGGCGCGGCGCACCCACUGUGGCGCCUGGAAGGUGGGCGGGCCGCGGCGGGCUCGACUGGUGUGCACAUAUGCAUGCACAUGAUCAUGAUUCAUGUUGUGCACAUGCGCGGUGUGUGGUAUGAAAGCUAG